AUGACCUGUCUUAGGAGAGAUAAUGAUAGCACUGUGUCUGAGUUCAUCCUCCUGGGGCUUCCCAUUUGGGCAGAGGACCAAGCCGUGUACUCUGCCUUGUUCCUGGCCAUGUACCUGACAACUGUGCUGGGGAAUCUGCUCAUCAUCCUGCUCUUCAGGCUGGACUCUCACCUCCACACCCCCAUGUACUUCUUCCUCAGUCACUUGGCUUUCACUGACAUCUCCUUUUCUUCAGUCACAGCUCCAAAAAUGCUCAUGAAUAUGCUAACACACAGACAAUCCAUCUCAUAUGCUGGGUGCAUUUCCCAGGUGUAUUUUUACAUGUUUUUUGCUGCUCUUGACAGCAUUCUUCUCACCUACAUGGCCUAUGACAGAUAUGUGGCCAUCUGCCACCCUCUGCACUAUACCAGCAUCAUGAGUCAGAGCCUCUGUGUUCUAUUAGUAGUUGUGUCCUGGGCCUUAUCUUCAGGCAAUGCCCUUGUGCACACCCUUCUCUUGACUCGCCUGUCUCACUUUAAAAGCAAUGCCAUACCCCACUACUUCUGUGAUAUCUCUGCUUUGCUGAAGCUGUCCAGCUCAGACACCACCAUCAAUGAGAUGGUCAUACUUCUUUUAGGCAUGGUGGUUAUUAACCUGCCAUUCAUAUGCAUCCUGGUCUCUUAUGGCCGAAUUGGGGUCACCAUUCUGAGAACUCCCUCCAUCAAGGGAGUCUGCAAAGCUUUGUCCACAUGUGGCUCUCACCUUUCUGUGGUUUCUCUUUACUAUGGAGCCAUUAUUGGGUUGUAUUUUGUUCCCUCAUCUAAUAACACUAAUGAUAAGGAUGUCAUUGUGGCUGUGAUGUAUAGUUUGGUCACCCCCAUGCUGAAUCCCUUUAUCUAUAGUCUGAGGAAUAGGGAUAUGAAAGGAGCACUGAGAAAUAUCCUCAGCAGGAGACUGUGCUCACAGUGA